ACGCCGUGGUUGAAAGCUGAUUUCAUAUCUUGAAGACGACCCUUCGUCAUAAUGGAUGUCCAGGGAACUAUCGUCUUCUCAACCGUCGGAUUGCUCACCUACGGCUUCGAUGUCUUUUCCACUGUCCUCGCCGCCGAUCACUUCGCCGACGGAGACUUAACAGAAAGCCGCCGCACCGACGGCGUUUCCGUCAAUUUCAACGCUCAGUUCGCCGAUAAGACCGGCGAAACUGUUGUCUUCGUCUCCGAGCGAACCGGCUCCGCUAGACUCUAUCAGACAUCCUCGGCCGGAGACGAAAUCAAACUGCUCCCGACAAACCAAAACAGCCUAUUCCACGACCGGCCCACCAUUAAGAACGGCCGCGUGUUCUACGUCUCCGCCCACGAGCCCCCGUCAGAUUCUUUCAAGAGUUGGGCCGCAGUCUACAUGACCCGGCUCGACACAGAGGAGACUGUCCGGUUAACCCCAGCUGGAUCUGUCGACUUCAGCCCAGCGGUUUCGGAGUCGGGCCAGCUCGUCGCCGUAGCAUCCUAUGGGUCUCGGCCAUGGAAAGGUGAUUUCCACGCUCUCGAAACCGAGAUCACCAUCUUUAGUGUCUCAGAACCGGAAAACCGGACCAUCGUUGCCGGCAGCGGCGGAUGGCCGACUUUUUCCGGUGAAUCAACAAUUUUUUUCCACCGUAAGGCCGACGACGGCUGGUGGAGCGUCUACCGCAUCGAUCUACAGGAAAAUUUCGAAGAAAACAUAGCUCGUCGUAUUACCCCGCCUGGGCUGCACGCCUUCACGCCCGCUGCAUCGAACGAUGGGAAGUAUAUAGCGGUUGCCACGCGCAGGAAGGGGAUUAAAUUCCGCCACAUUGAGAUUUUCGAUCUAAAAUCAGAACGAUUCUAUCCGAUUACAGAGACAUUAAACCCUACUACCCAUCACUACAAUCCAUUUUUUUCACCGGACUCGAAUCAGCUCGGAUACCAUCGAUUCAGAGGAGAAUCGAAUGAAAAGAUACCGAAUCUCCUUCCCGUGGCUUCUCCAAUUCAAGGGCUCCAGCUUCUUCGGCUUCACGGCACAUUCCCAUCUUUUUCCCCUGCCGGCGAUCUACUCGCAAUGAACGGUGACUUCUUUGAAUCCCCUGGCCUGAUGGUACUCCGAUCGGACGGUUCGAAACGGUGGACUCUGCUUAAAUCGCCCACUGCGUUCUACACGGCAUGGAGCCCUGUUGAGAAGGGCGUUAUCUUCACCUCUAUCGGCCCGAUCUUUGAUUCCAGCAAGGCCACGGUCCAGAUUGCCCGGAUCUCAUUUAAUCCCGACGAUCUUGACGACAAAAAGGAUGAAAUCUAUGCCGAUGUGAAGAUCCUUACCCGCGGAGGUACCGCCAACAAUGCAUUCCCAUCGUGCUCACCGGACGGGAAGCACGUUGUUUUUCGAUCUGGGCGAUCCGGCCACAAGAACCUCUACAUCCUCGAUGCCAUCGAUGGAGAAAUUGCCGAUAGUAGCGGGAUUCAGCGACUAACGGAGGGUGAGUGGGUCGAUACGAUGCCAGCGUGGUCGCCGGACGGCGAGCUGAUCGCGUUCUCAUCUAACCGGCACAGUCCGGCUAAUCCGGAGGCUUACAGCAUAUAUUUGGUUCGACCUGACGGCUCGAACCUGCGACGGCUACACUUUGCCGGGCCACCGGGGUCGAAUGAGGCCGACAGGGAGAGAAUCAACCAUGUCUGCUUCAGUCCGGACUCGAAGUGGCUCCUCUUCACGGCGAACCUUGGUAGCGUUUCGGCCGAGACGGUGUCGAUGCCGAACCACUUCCAACCCUAUGGUGACCUGUGGGUUUGUCGCAUAGAUGGAACCGGCUUAACACGCCUUACGUGUAAUGCUUUUGAGAAUGGCACGCCAGCUUGGCACGCUGCUGAUAGGCUCCAGGACAUUGGGUUGAUUUCCGUGGUCCCUGCCUCGGGUGAGACCCUGAGGGGUCAAUUUGAGGAGCCUCUAUGGCUAACGUGUGAUAUAUAAUAUUUUUAUCGCAUCCUAAUGCAUCAAUGAUUUUGUUGGUUGGCUAAAAAAAAAAAUGUGUAAAAUAAUAUUUUUGACUUA